AUGACGCCACCGCCUGCCUACGACGCGCCCGCCUCCACCGGGCUCACGCCCUACCUUCGCCUCCCGCACCUCCUUUCGCUCACCUGGCUCGCCUACCCGAUCCUUUCUCUUGUCUUUGUUGUCUUCCGCCUUCUUGAGUCGUCAGCGGCCUCACAGGAUGCGGCUACCAAUGCCAAGGCAGACCUCCUCGCGAGCUGUAAGGCCGCGGAGCACGCCGCCACCGCCGCCGCGAGCAUGCCGCGCUACAUGGCUGCCGCUACGAACCAGCAGAUAGCUGACGCUGUGAACGGGACCAUGAACGGUGCGCGUGCGGCUCUGGUCCUUGCCUUGACGGUCAUGGAAGCCAUCAUCAACUUCAUCGUCGACAUUUACCGUUCCACGUUCCUCUGCUUUGUCGAACUCGUCGUUCGCGGUGGCCUCUCUAUCCUCAUUAGCGCUGUGAAAGAGCUCAGCGACUUCAUCGAGAACACGUUCAACGGCCUGCGGACUUCGAUUCAGAACGACAUUGAGACCGCCAACUCCGCAAUAAACAGCACCAUCAAUGCGAUCAACAAGGUCAACCCGUUCAGCGACAUCAAGGCGCCGCAGAUCUCGGUCCCAAGCCUGACCGCGCUCGAGAACGUCACGCUUCCGACCGACUUUGAACAAUCGCUCGAGUCGUUGAACAAUUCCAUCCCGUCGUUCUCCGAAAUCAAGGACAAGAUCGAGUCCAUCAUCGACACCCCCUUCGAGCUGCUCAAGAAAGACAUCAACGACACCUUCGCCAACCUCACCUUCGACGCCUCCGUCCUGCCCGUCCCGGAGCAGAAUACGCUCGCCUUUUGCGACGGGCUCGACACCUCCGUCGUCGACGACCUCGGCCGCGACCUUGCCAAGCUCACCAAGAUCGGGAUCCUCAUCCUUGCCCUUGCCGCACUCCUCCUUCUCGCCGGCCACUGCGCGCUCGAGUGGUACAAGUGGCGGUGCCUGAAGCAACACCUCCGCUACACGCGCGAGGCGUGGACCACCGACCCCACGCUCUACGCCAAGUCGCAAAUCGCCAUGAACGCCGCGCCUGAGGUCAAGCUUACGGACCACAACCUGAUGAUGCUCCAGGCGAGCGCGCAGCACCCGCUCCUCACCCGGAUCGCGAACCAGCUUGCGGCGCGCCUGCGCCUCUCCCCGACGCAGCACACGAACCUGCAGUGGUCGCUGCACUAUGUCUUCCACCCGCCCGCUCUUGCCUGCUUCCUCAUCGGCUUCUUCGGUCUACUCUCCGUCGAGCUGCAGCUCGCCGCCGUGCGCCCGCUCGAAGCGCACUACCAGGCCCGCGCUGUCGCCACCACCGCCGACUUCUCGAACACCAUCGCCGCCAGUAUGUCCGCCAGCAUGUACAACCAGUCGGCCGCGUACGCGGACGACAUCAACGCCCGCGUUGCCGCGGUGCAAAGCACGAUCAACGACGGCGUGUUCGGCUGGGUGAACGGGACAACGACGACGCUCAACGACACCCUGAACGCGUUCUACGACGACGUCCAGGACGCGGUAUCGGCCGUGUUCAACGGCACGAUCCUCGAGAGCCCCGUGCAGGAGUUCAUCCGAUGCUUCAUCGGCUCCAAGGUCGAAGCGCUCGAGGACGCCCUCACCUUCCUCCACAACAACCUCGUCGUCGACAUCCCGACCGUCAACCAAUCCGUACUCGUGCUCUCGCCUGCGCAGGUUGAUGAGGCUACGCAACCUAUCGCUGCUGCUGCCGUAGGAGGCAACGGAACCGACAGCGGCGGGGUCGUCGGGCGGCUGGUGAACAGCUACGUCGCCUCGCUCAAGAAGGAGCGCAUCAUGUUUGCGCUCUUCCUCGGCCUCUGGGGCGUUGUCGUCCUCAUGGCGCUCGCCAUCGUCUGGUGGCACAGCUACGGCCAGCACUGGCUCGAGGCGCGUCGCCGGCGCAAGUGGGAGCGGCAGCAGCGGGGCCCCGUCCCCCUCCCCGCACCGCAGACCCGGGACAUCGUCGCGGACGAGAAGGGCGUGCAGCACGUGUUCGCGACACCGGACCCGUUCGCGGUGGUGCGCUCGCCGCGGGACGCGCGCCGGAGCUCGGAAAGCUUUUUCGACCAUUCCGCCACACCGGAGCCGCGGCCCGCGGCUCGUGCACGCUUCACCAUCUCCGCGCCGCGCAGGCUCAUGGCGCUCGGCCGCAAGCGCGAAGGCGAAGGCCUCGCGCCAGCACCCGCCGAGAAGACGCCCGCAUCCGCUGGCUGGCUCCAACCCUUCACGCGCCUGUUUUCUCGCUCGCGUUCCUCCGAUGACGACGACGACGCGGUCUCGCACACCUCUUCCGCCUCCUUCCGCGCGCGCCGCCCGGCGCACCUGACCAUCGCCGUCGACGCCGCCUCCGACGACGGCCGCGCGCAUCCCGGCGUCGAUCGUGCCUCGGAACUCAAAUCCGCGUGGUCCGUCUCCCCCGGCCCGAGCGCGCCCGCGACCACCACGGCCGAACCCUACCGCCCGUGGACGCACAACAUCGUCCCGAGCCCCCCGCCGCCCGGCCUGUUCCCCGUCGCGCCGCUGACGCCCAAGUGGCGGCGCAAGGCGAGCGUGCCCGAGAACGUCGAGGAGGAGCUCCCGCCCAUGCAGCAGCAGACGCGGUUCGUCGCGCCGCUCCCGCUCCACCACGCGUUCCUCCACCACCACCAGCAGAAGGAGCCGUCCCCGCCUCCGGCGGCCUCGCCCGCCGGCACCGCGGGCGCACCGUGGCCGUGGGCGAUCAACGCGCUCGCGCCGCCGCCCCCGCUGCAGCAGCGUGGGGGUCCGCUCGCGUCCGUAGACCCGUUCACGACGCCUUUCGACGACGAGCACGCGGUAGCUGUGAACCCGGCCAGGAUGUCGUUCGGGCCGAGGGACAGCCGGCCCUCGCUCAUCAACCCGUUCGCGGGCGGCGUGGCGAUCUGAGUGUCUUCCCGAUCCAUUCUUCUUCUCUCCGCGUAGGCUAAAGCUCCUAAUCGCCGCUGGGCCAAUGAAUGCUCUGUGCUUCUACUUGAUCUUUAUAUCCAUACGCUCUUCGUCUUGUUCCCAACCCAUUGACGCACGCACUCGAAUGACAGGUAUCAUCAUCUCAAUAGCAAUUGUAUCUCUAGCGUGUCCU